CUUUUCUCACUGAGACACAAAGCAGACUGCACAGUGUAGGAUUAAUACAAUCAACAGCUGGGACACUCAGUAAACAAUAGGGUAUAGAUAGCAAAAAUCCAAAUACAAGUAAGUUAAGCAUAGUUACUUUCUAAAACUAGUUUUUACAAAAGAAGUGAAUGAAUGCUAAGCCACCCAAUGCCAUUUAUACGAAGCAGGACAGCUCUGGCAUGUUCUCAGUGUCUCUAUAGUUUUAAGGACUCAUCUUAAUUUUACAUGCUAUUGUAAUAUACAUCUGUAAUUCUUCAUAUUGUUUUUUUCUAGAGUGAAAACAUAUUCCAAGCCAUGUAACACAACUUCUUUAAAGCUGUUAAAUCGUUAUGUCACUCACAAAAUUAAGAGCUGCUUGACAAGAAACUAGUUUAUAAACUCGAAAUAAUGCAUACUUGUCUUCUGGCCAAGAGAACACAAAAGCCACAGUGGUAUCUAAAAUCUAAAACAAAUUCUAUUUGCUAGCUGAAUUUGCCUUUAUUAUAUUUCAGAAAAAUAAUCUCUUAGUACCUCUUCUUAACAUUACCUCUUAUAUCGAAACAUGUAUAUAGCUUAUAGCCAUCUUCACGGCUAAUUUUUUUAACGAUUGUUCUAGACUAAGGAAAUAUCCCGAUCCGUCCGUUUCGAGGCAAGGGAAGUAAGCUUUUAAUUAAAACAUGCUUCUAAAAAUCAAGUUUAUUAAACAUUUCCAUGAUCAAAAUAAUUACAAUCGUCUUAAUGCCUCUCGUUUUCACAAUGGACAGAUUUAAUUUCGGGGAGGGGGGUUAGAGAAAAUUUGGGAGGCGGGAGGUGCAACCAGCGCCUGUGAAGAAGCCACCCCAAAAUGCCGGGAAUUUUCUUGGCCUAAGCAACGCUCCGUUCACCGGCGCCGAGUCGAGCAAGUUUGAGCCCGAAGCGCAAUUUUACGGCCGAGCUGGAACGGAGGAGGCGGCGGUGGCGGCAGGAGCGGCAGCGGGAGGGGCUGGCAGGGACCCACCGCCCUUCCUCUUCAACCUCCCGUCUCCGGCCCGGUUCGCUCUCCGCCCGACGGGCUUGCGGCCUGAGGAGCAGGCGGCUCUAGCAGCAGCAGCGCCGGUAUCUUUCUUCCGCAUUUCCCUGGGUCUCUCUCGGGCAGUGACGUGACGUACUGACGGCGGCCCGGCCCGGGGAGCUUGGCCGCUUCCACUCAGCUCGGCGCUCGGCCCCUCCCUCCGCUCCCGCCCGCCCCGCCGCAGCGACACUACCACCGAGCUCGGCCCAGCUACGUGGAGAGAGGCCGCCCAGAGCCCGUCACCGCCCCGUCCGACUUCGUGACUGAUGAAAGUUAAGGACCAUGGAUGAAGAUGGGCUUGAACUACAGCCACAUGAUCCACAUGCAUUUUUUGAUCCAACUGGUGCUGAUGGAACACAUUUGAAUGGAGAUGAAAUUGUAGUAGAAAUACAGGAAACUGUAUAUGUGUCAGAUGUGGAGGACUCUGACAUAACAGUUCAUAACCUUGUCCCUGACGAUCCAGAUUCUGUGGUUAUUCAAGAUGUCAUUGAGGACGUUGUUAUAGAAGAUGUUCACUGUCCAGAUAUCAUGGAAGAUGCAGAUGUAUCUCAAACUGUUAUUAUACCUGAACCAGUGCUGGACACUGAUAUCACUGAAGAAGAAGUGUCUUUAGCACACUGCACUGUUCCCGAUGAAGUUUUAUCUUCUGAGAUCACAGCAACAGCAAUGUCAAUACCCGAGCAUGUACUCACAAGUGAGUCAAUGCACAUACCUGAAGUUGGACAUAUGGAACAUGUAGUUCAUGAUCAUAAUAAUGUUGUAGAAGCAGAAAUUGUCACAGAUUCACUGGAAGAAGAUGUAGUUUCAGAAGUAUUGGUAGCAGAUUGUGCCUCUGAAGCGGUAAUUGAUGCCAGUGGAAUAUCUGUGGGACAUGAUGACGACAAGGGCAACUGUGAAGACUAUCUAAUGAUUUCCUUGGAUGAUGCUGUUAAGACAGAAAAUGACAGUUCUAGUGAAAUCAAUAUAAAAGCUGAGCCAGGAAGUGAUCCUUGUAAAAUGGAUGGUAUUUGUCCAGAAGUCAUCAAAGUCUAUAUUUUCAAAGCUGAUCCUGGAGAAGAUGAUUUGGGAGGCACAGUAGACAUUGUGGAAAGUGAAUCGGAAAAUGACCAUGGGGAGACUUUAAUUAAUCAAAAUAACAGUGUUCGUAUUCCAAGAGAAAAAAUGGUUUAUAUGACAGUAAAUGAUUCUCAGCAUGAAGAUGAAGAUUUAAAUGUUGCAGAAAUUGCAGAUGAGGUCUACAUGGAAGUGAUUGUAGGAGAGGAGGAUGCUGCAGCUGCUCAUGAGCAGCAAAUUGAUGACAGUGAAAUUAAAAGCUUUAUGCCAAUCGCUUGGGCAGCAGCCUAUGGUAAUAAUACUGAUGCAGUUGAAAACAGGAAUGGUACAGCAAGUGCCUUGUUGCACAUUGAUGAAUCUGGUGGUCUUGGGAGAUUAGCUAAACAAAAACCAAAGAAGAGGAGGAGGCUGGAAUCUAGACAAUACCAAACAGCAAUAAUAAUUGGGCCUGAUGGUCACCCUUUGACAGUCUACCCCUGUAUAAUUUGUGGGAAGAAGUUUAAAUCUAGGGGCUUCUUAAAAAGGCACAUGAAAAAUCAUCCUGAGCAUCUUCUUGCUAAGAAAAAAUACCGAUGCACUGACUGUGAUUACACUACAAAUAAAAAGUUAAGUUUGCAUAAUCAUCUGGAGAGCCACAAGCUUACCAACAAAACUGAGAAAUUAACUGAAUGUGACGAAUGUGGGAAAAGUUUCUCUCAUGCGGGAGCUUUGUUUACUCACAAGAUAAUGCACAGGGACAAGGCUGCAAAUAAAAUGUACAAGUGCAAAUUCUGUGAGUACGAGACAGCAGAACAGGGACUAUUGAAUCGUCACCUCCUGGCUGUACACAGCAAGAACUUUCCUCAUAUUUGCGUGGAAUGUGGCAAAGGAUUUCGACAUCCAUCAGAGCUCAAGAAACACAUGCGAAUCCACACUGGUGAAAAACCCUACCAGUGCCAAUACUGCGAGUACAGGUCUGCUGACUCUUCCAACCUGAAAACUCAUGUAAAGACUAGGCACAGUAAGGAAAUGCCCUUCAAAUGUGACAUUUGUUUUCAGAUAUUUUCUGAUACCAAAGAGCUGCAACAGCACAUCAUUAUGCAUCAAGAAAGCAAAACACACCAAUGUCUGCACUGUGACCACAAAAGCUCAAACUCAAGCGACUUAAAACGACACAUAAUUUCUGUUCACACGAAAGAGUAUCCCCAUAAGUGUGACAUGUGUGACAAAGGCUUUCAUAGGCCAUCAGAACUGAAAAAACAUGUUGCAGUGCACAAAGGUAAAAAAUUGCACCAGUGUAGACAUUGUGACUUUAAGAUUGCAGAUCCGUUUGUUCUAAGCCGCCAUAUUCUCUCAGUUCACACAAAAGAUCUUCCGUUCAGGUGCAAGAGAUGUAAGAAGGGGUUCAAGCUACAAAUAGAACUCAAAAAACACAUGAAAACACACAGUGGUAGAAAAGUUUAUCAGUGUGAGUACUGUGAGUAUAGCACUACAGAUGCCUCAGGUUUCAAACGGCAUGUUAUUUCCAUACAUACGAAAGACUACCCUCAUCGUUGUGAGUUCUGUAAGAAAGGUUUCCGAAGGCCUUCAGAGAAGAACCAACACAUUAUGAGGCACCAUAAAGAUGUUGGCUGCCAUGAAGACACCUCCAGAUGUUAUAAAUUUGGGGAGUGUGUGUGUAAAAUGUUGCUUUCUAGACAGUCAUUGUAUUUUAAAGAGGAUCACACAAACACAAUACCGUGCAUUUGAUUUUAGUGCUGUAUACAGAUAGGAUUAUUGCUUCUAGUUGACUUUUAUACAAUUUGUUCAUUAGUGUGUUCUGAAUUCUCUUCUGUUUGCUUAAUAAAUGAGGAAGGAUGGCAACAAUAAAGUUGCAUUGAAUAAAGUAAACCCUGUCUCAUACUGAAUUUUUCAUCCAUAUUUUCUGAAAUAUUUACCUUACUGACAAGGUUCAGAGUUAGUGGCAGUACUAAUUCAGUUUUGUCAUAAGUUAAUUUUUUAAAAUUUGUUCCUAAUACAUAUGUCAUUGAUAUACAUAAAAUAAUCUGGGAGAAAUAAAUGUCAAAAGAAACAAUUGUAUGAUAGGACCCAUUUAACUAUCUCAUUUAAAGAACUUGUGACAAGCUAAUAUUCAUUUGAGUAGUUACGUACCAUAACUGUACUAUUUUUUCAUUAUUUGAAGCUCUUUUACAUAGUAUUUAAUAUUUCCACAAUGAGUAAGAAAUUAGUUGCUGGGAACAUUCCCUUUCCAUGAGUGUGAAUUUUAAAGGAAAACUUGAGGCACUUCUCUCUUAAGUAUUAAUUAUACGUACCUCUGCCUUUGGUUCUUUAUUAAAUGUAUUUGCCUUUUGAAACUUACUGCUGACUUGUAGAUAGACAUUUGUUUCAGUUGUUGACUGGAUAGAUUGCCCAAUUGACUGUUGCUAAGUUUAUCCUCAAUUAAAUGCAUUUUUACAAGAUCCUAUGAAACAUUUUUAAAUAUUUGGUAAAUUGCUUUUUAAACUUUUUAAAUCCACCAACAGCCUUGGACAAUUUUUAAUUAUAUGCUAUUUAGAAAGAGAACAUGCGAUGGGCAAGUAAAGAAUAGAAGCAGAUGUGUUUUUACGAAGGCUUUGUUUUUCUGCAGCUUUUCUUAUGUUACUGCUAUUACUUUUUUAGGAGCACAGAAUGUUUCUUAACAGAAUAAUUUGUAAGGAAUGAGCAGUUCUUCAAAACUGUAAUUUAUCAAGCAUUCACCCAGUUCUUCGUGCUAUCAAUUAAAUUCUUCUGGAAGGAUAUUUCAGUUACUACUUGAGCCAUUGCCGGAAAGCUAUUGAGGCAAAGCUGCAUCAGUCUGCUUCAUAGCAUGCAAGUAUUCCAUUAAUGUACAAAGUUCAAAAGUUUCACUUCCAAAGCAGUAUAUUUCAUCAUUCAUGUAUUAUGUAUAUUUGCAUUUUUCAUCUCUGCCUUGGUGCACUGGUCAAGAAUAAUGAAAGUGAAAUGCAAGAUCCAAAAGAGCAGAUUUCAAACCGCCACUUCCUCACUUUUCAUCUCUCAUAAGAAACAUGGUUUCUCCAGGAAAUCAGCUGUUGCACCCUAUGGUAUGAGGCUAGAUGAUACAUUCUGUGCAUUCCUUCCAAUAUCCUGGUAUUCCAUAGCUGGUGAGUUAGAAAAAUAAAAUUGUUAAGACCGCCAUAUAUAUAAACCUAACUUGAUUUUCUAAAUUUGUGCAGUUAAAACUUUCUCUGUUAUGUUCUAUUUAUGGGAAACUGUUUCUGAGCUUAAUGAGCAUGCAUGUUUGUAAAACUCCUGGAAAAGUUGGUGGAAUCUAUACUAGGCAUUACGUUCAGCACCUUUGAUCCAGCAGUAGCAAUGUGCAUGGAGCAUUGCUUGAUAUUGUAGUAAAUUAAGCAGCUCCUGUGGAGUUGUAUAGAGCUCUUCAAAGGUUUGGUAUUGUGACUGUGUGAUUGGAUUGAGGCCUUAAAAGCUUGCUCCUUUAAAGCCCUUGCACUUGCUGAUGCAAGGGUUCUCAAGCUAGUGAAAUGUGUGUGCCUCUUGUUUUCAUUGAAAUUUUGCUCUCAAAUAAUUUUAAACCUUUUAAAAUCUUACAGUUCUCCUGAAAUUCCCAGACUGUUUCUGAAAAGUAUUAACUAUUUUGCAAAAUUGUUUUCUUGAAUAAUCACUAAAACAACACACAAACUUGACAUUUUCCUUUUUCUUCAGUAUCACCUGCAAUCAUAAACAUUGUUUUGGAGCAUAGAUUUUAAAAUUUAACAAAAAAAUUAAGAGUUUAGUCCAGUGGAUUUUGUACAAUGUGUCUGUAUAAAGAGAAAAUGAAAAGUGUAGUUAUUGUUAAUGUACUGACAUUUGUUACAGGCUAGUUUUAUUUGAUUAGCCAAUGCGAUAAAAUUGAUGUUUCAGUUCCAUGUUUUAAAUGGUACUUUUUUUUUUUAAAGGACAUAAUAUAAAUAAUUGUUCUGUUAAAAUGUCUAUUAAAUACUAUGUCCCACCCGCUGUACAUUUUGUAAAAAGAAAAAAGAAAACAAAUUACAUAGACAUAUAUAGGGGAUGUGUGACAUUGUAAUGUGUACUUGAUAAUGUGAAAAAUAAAAAUCAGACUAUUUUCCUGUUAA